AGCGGCUGGCUGGCUGCAGUGUUUUGGUCAGCACUGGUCAAUCUUGCCCUACACGCUCUAUUAACCAGUCUUUCCGUCUUCCCGACACCUUCUUCCUGCACCAAGCACCGUCAAGCAUCACCAGAGAGGCACGAGUACGUAAGCUAUCCAACAUCAGAACAGUAUAUGAAUAUGGCAAAUGCUGUUUUGACAUCAUUUCCUGCCAUCCUGAGAAACAGUGAUCUCGAGGAGCAUGAAUUGCAGCUGCAAUGGAAAUUGCGCAUCCAGCACAAGUUUCAGAAUUCAAGAAAGAGGCAGGAUUCCUCAGUGACUGAGGUGACGUCAAGGAAAAAGAAGAUCCCUUGCAUAGCGCCAAAAGAGACUACGUGUCCACUGAUGUAUGGAGUAAAGGCUUACCUUCCACCAAGGCCCCAUUCAGAAGAUGAUGAGUCAUUAGAGAGACAUAGACAGUGGCUUGCUCUACAUUGGAUGAAGAAAGAUCCCGAGUUAGAUAAGGCUGAACGCCUCAUGCAGUUGACACUCUCUGAGAGAUGCAAAAAAAUAAUCAAUGGGAACAUUCUUGUAGCAGAAAUCCUGAACUUGUACCCGUGGAUUCAGACUUUUGAUGGCAUAAUCAAGGAGUUCCUGAGAUUAGAACCACAAGCGGAUGAACCAGACCCAAGAGUAGCAGUUUUGAAAGGGCUGGAGAAAUAUAGGCUCCCAAUAAUUGCCAUUCUCAAAAAAAGAAAAGCAGUUCCUCUGUAUAUGGAAACCUUACUUGAACUCUAUGACCAUGAUGAAAGUCAAUGCGAGUACCAGAAGAAGAACUAAGAACAGGGCAGUCUAGUGUGUAUUUGAUGGUGCACCUGUAGCUGAACCAACAUGUAUUUCUAUGGCUGUAGUCUCAUUGGUAGCAGGGCUUUGUGUUUAAUCACACACUCACACACACUCAACAGCUACAGCUAGAGAGUGUGCAGAAAAGGGCGUGCAGGGUCAUCCUUGGCCCUGCAUACACCACCUAUGAAGAAGCCCUGACCACCCUGAGUCUGUCCAGAAUAUCCACCAGGCACCGAGAGGCUCUGGAGAAGUUUGGGAGGGGACUACUGCAUCAUCCACAUCUCAGAAACAUGCUGCCGCCCGACGCGCCUCGCCCGGUCCAUGCCACCAGACACCACAACAAAAUAACGCCCCUGAAGGUGCUGCGCACGGACCGGUACAGACUCAGUGCGAUUCCCACCAUGGUGCGAGCCAUCAAUCAAUAGUAUUUCACUCCUAGAUUAGACUUACCUUUAGGAUUAAUGUUAAGUUUUUCCCCAUCCCCUAUGUACAUUUUCAGUUUGUCAACUACCUAAAUAAUAAACCGUUUAUUAUUAUUAUUAUUAUUAUUAAUAUUGAACACCCAAAAAAUUGUGAACAUUUCCUCCGUUUCACAACAUCCCAUCUCUUAGGUAUCAAGUAUGACAAAGGUAACACUUCAAAAACAAGAUCUCUACUUGUAAAACUCAAUGAAGUAAAGACAGAAUUGAGCUACAAAAAUGCAUAAAUCUGCUUCCAAAUAUAUUCAACUCCACACAAUGCCUCUCUCUCUCUCUCUCUCUCUCUCUCUCUCUCUCUCUCUCUCUCUCUCUCUCUCUCUCUCUCUCUCUCUCUCUCUCUCUCUCUCUCUCUCUCUCUCUCUCUCCAAAUUGGGAAGUAUUCUUCAUGUACCAUAUGAUGCAUAUAUUUUUAUUUUAUUUUUUUUUUAUGCAUUUUUUACCUUUUUUUUAUUUCUCUAUGUUAUUGCAAGUGAUACGUGAAGCUUCUUUAUUACUGUUCUGAGCAUUUCUGUAGAUUUGUUUAGUUAGUAUAUCCCAUAGAAAUACUCAUUUUCUUUUUUUGUGUGGCUUUAGAGGAUUAAUGGUGACAUAUGGAUAUGAUCUGGGUUAAAAGCUUGUACAAAUAAGGUUAAAUGUCUAUUUUUGCACUGGUUGUUUCCCUAAGUUUCUUAAAAGUACUGUGAUAUAAUGAUUAGCAGUGGACUAAUCAAUUAUUCUUUACAGGGUCUGUAACUCCUUACAUUUAAUUUGUUAACUUUACUUACAUGUUUUUUCCUUUAGUUUAUGAAUGGGAGGAAGGUUUAAUAUUCAUAUCUUAAGAGAUGCUUACUUUCUUUUCCACAUUGCAAGUUUUAGUGAUUAGUACUCACAAAUGUGUAUUAUUUACUUAAUGGCUUGUCAAAACAGGUUGUUUUUGUGUUGCUUUUUUUUUCUCAUGCUAGGAUGAAGUGUUACUAAUGGAGUUUAUUUUUUACAUCUGUUUUAUAUAUCAUUACAGUUUUGAGGGGAGCUUUCUGUUAAAUGUUCAAGUGAAAAGCAUAUUAUACUAUAGAUGAUAAAAAUUAUAGUGUUUAUUUUUUUUAUUUUUUUUUUAAUGCAAUGAAAUGGAGGGAACAUUUAAUUGUAUAUGAAUAUAUUGAAU